GAUGCUAACAUAUAAAUAUGCGCGUCUUUACGGUAAUUUGCAUUAUUAACAAACUUUCAGCUGUAAACGUUAUAUAUACGAAUAUAUAAUUCUUAAUUUGAGAAAUAAACAAUGACUCUUGGCUACGACGACGUUAUUGCCGGCAUUGUGAUUGACAAUGGCUCCGGAAUGUGUAAGGCCGGCUUUGCAGGUGACGACGCACCAAGAGCCGUGUUCCCUGCAAUUACAGGUCAUCCUAAGUAUGAUCCUUGCAUGGUAGGAAUGGGCGCAAAGGACACGUACAUUGGAGACGAAGCUCAAAACAGGAGAGGAAUGCUAUCCUUACAUUAUCCAGUUGAACACGGUAUUGUCACUAACUGGGACGAUAUGGAGAAAAUUUGGCACCACACAUUCUACAACGAACUUCGUGCGGCUCCUGAAGAACAUCCGGUUUUACUUACAGAAGCGCCAUUAAACCCGAAAGCUAAUAGAGAGAAAAUGACACAAAUUAUGUUCGAAACCUUCAAUACGCCAGCUUUCUACGUGUCAAUACAAGCAGUUCUAUCAUUAUACGCCAGCGGGAGGACAACUGGUGUGGUGUUUGACGCCGGUGAUGGGGUAUCUCACGUGGUACCGAUUUACGAAGGUUAUGCUUUACCACAUGCCAUUGAACGUGUUGAUCUUGCAGGUCGUGACCUCACACAAUAUUUGUCAAGAAUCUUAAAUGAACGCGGAUACAGUUUCACAUCUUCCUCCGAAAUGGAAAUAGUCCGCGAUAUCAAAGAAAAAUUGUGUUUUUCCGCCUUAGACUUUGAACAGGAAAUGAAUGUCGCAGCAAGUUCUUCUCAGACAGAGAAAAGCUACGAACUUCCGGAUGGACAAGUUAUUACUAUUGGCAACGAACGUUUCCGCUGUGUUGAAUCACUUUUCCAACCAUCUUUUAUUGGAAUGGAGAGUGCAGGAAUACACGAACUACUUUACAACAGUAUCAUGAAAUGUGAUACAGACAUAAAGAUAAGUCUUUUAUCAAAAGUUGUCCUUUCAGGAGGGUCAACAAUGUUUCCCGGUCUUGCAGAAAGGAUGAAAUAUGAAUUAGACAAUUUGGUUCCCAGCUCUAUGAAGGUCAAGGUCAUUGCUCCACCAGAGAGAAAGUACUCGGUGUGGAUAGGUGGUUCAAUUCUAUCCUCUCUGUCAAGCUUCAGUCAAAUGUGGAUCUCUAAACAAGAGUACGACGAAUGUGGACCGGGUAUUGUACACAGGAAAUGUUUCUAAGAACUAUCUGUCUAGAACAUUUAAACAUAUAAAUACUUUGUCUUUCAUUUUUUUGCAAGUAUUUUUAGAUUCUUUUUUUAUCAAACGCAAAUGAAGAUACAUGUAUAUGCAUAAUUAUUUUUUCACAUAGUUGUUGACUUUCACAUUUUACACGUGAUUGUAUGUAAUUUCAAAUCCAUAUCAGACUUUGAGAAUGAAAAACGAUUUCUCCGUAAUUUGAUCUGUAUAUGAAAAUGAAUGUACUAAUGUACAU